AGUUUACGACCCUACCGUUGGUCCGUUGGUCGUCCUGCUAGCCAGUUAGGUGGGUUGCCUCUUUCAGUUGUGGUAUCGCGCUGACCCUUUUCAUUCCCGGAAUGGCUAUGGAGCGCAGAGUUGUUGCUAGGAGCACUAGAAAUGAUGCCAACCCCCACGCCAAUUACCGCUUGAUUAGUGAAUGAGGGCAAGAGUAGAUAAAUAGUUCGGGGCUGACCAGCAAGGGAGCAAGACACGCGAAAUCUUCUGUCGCCAAUUUUGUUUCUCGUAAACUUAGACCGUUUAUUAAUUCAAACAUGAGCGGAGAAAACGUGGAAAACUCUGGUAAGCGCCAAUUUCAAGUGCUUCAUGUGGCCAUUGGAGAGCACACCGUGCCCAGUCAACCCCAUUUCUUGUCCAUGGUGAAUAAAAACACCAAGGAACUGUUCAAGUUCUUCGACGAGAUUGCCCAAGACGUGGAUUUUUCGUUCAAGGAAUUUAAUGAUUCGAUUGUGGAACAAGGUGGACCAUUGUCGAUUGGACAAGCUGUCGAAUGGAGAGUUGGAGAUUUGAAAGAGUUCUUGAAAAACCAGCGGAACAUUCUCUACAAGUACGAAGUGACCACGUAUACGCCUUGUCAUAGCAUGGUCACCGUGGUUGGCGAGGCAUCGAUCCUGAAACACAUCAUGGACGAGUUUUGCAUCAAGGGCCGUGUGCUCCAAAGCCGGAAUUGAGCGUGUCACAGGAGGAAUAUGCUACGGUGCUAGUUCAGUAAUUGACAAGGGCAUUACUCACCUUAAUUGGCUUCUUGUGUCAAGAUAAAUGAUCUGCCUUUGGGUGGGGAGAUGAGGAAUCUAAUUCGAUUGCUGUUGCUGCUGCUGCCUACCCCGCCACGAUCUACUAGAUCAUCCAGGUGUACGACUUGUAGUACGUGAACAACACGGACAACAGGCAUAGGUUCAGAGGACUUCAACUGCCAACCAAGUGCUUCUGAAAGCUAGCUACUAUGUAUGAAUAUGACACGA